AUUGCUUAUCCUUCACUCAAACCUAUAUAUAUGUUUUUCAUAUAUAUCAUUGUCACGAACUUCUUUAACUUCACUUCCAAUUCAUACUCAGAUGUUUCCAUCUCAUCCAAAUCAUCAAUUCUUUGAGACCCAACAAAAUUUUCUUCUGUAAAUCAGGUAAUUGGUUGGUGGGUUUGUUGAAUGGGGAGUUAAAAGCUUUGUAUUUUGGGGAUAGAGAGAGUUUACCUAGGAAUUGCUGAUGAUGGGUGGCUAGAUACAUAGAAAUACACGUCAGUUAAUAAUUUUUUAUGUAUUGGUGUGAUCAUCGAAGGAAUGGUGUUGUUGAGUUGAGACAAUUUUGAGUACUUGAAAGCUCUAAUCAAGAGCUAUUCUUGAAAUGGUUUAAUGGGGAAGCAAGGGUCUUUGAGAAGUCCACGCCCCGAGUACACGAAUUUCGGGGUAUCAUUUGGAGCAAAGGACUCUCAGAGUAGAUCUUUGGAAACCCAACAAGGCGGUGAUGCUUUCGUAGGGAGGAGAGUGAGCAGUGUCGAUUAUAAAUGGGACAAAGAUGCUUUGCUUCAUGGGUUGAGGAAUGUCCCUACAAAAUUGAGUGCAUGCAAGGGUGUCUGUGGUGUGAAAAGGCAUAUAUGGUUUCGGAAUCACCUCCAAUCAAUGGUUCUUACUGUUGGGUUGAUGGUUUUUCUUUUCCUCUUGGACUCUCUCGUGGUCUCUGUUCUUGAUCACGCAAAUAGUUUACCUUUGAGAAAAUCAAUCAAGCCAAAGGAGGUUAGGACUUCUUUUGUUAAUGAAGGAAACAAACCAGUACAGAUGUAUGACCGACUUAUGAAUUUGGCUUCUAGUGCUCUUGCAGAGAAGGAGUUUCGGCAAGAUUCAUCAAAUUUCUGGGAGGAACAAAAUCAUCAGGCAUCUCUCUGGAGACCAUGUGCAAAUAGAAAGAGUCGAACAAAUCUAGUUGAAGUUGUUGGGGCAGGUAAAACCAAGAAGAGCAUCGGUUUUAUAUUGGUCAGCGCAAAUGGUGGUCUAAAUCAACAGCGAGUUGCUGUAUGCAAUGCAGUUGCUGUUGCAUCUCUACUUAAUGCUACAUUAGUUAUUCCCAAAUUUCUUUACAGCAAUGUAUGGAAGGAUCCCAGCCAGUUUGGUGAUAUCUAUCAAGAAGAGCAUUUCAUGAAUAGCUUGAAGGAUGACAUAAAUAUUGUAAAGGAGCUCCCGUCUCAUUUGAAAUCACUGGACUUCAAAGCAAUUGGUAGUCAGAUUACAGAUGCUGAUAUUCCAAAGGAGGCUACACCUGCUGAUUACCUUAAAACUGUACUUCCUCUCCUAUUGAAGAAUGGAGUUGUUCACUUCCUUGGAUAUGGAAAUCGACUUGGUUUUGAUCCAUUGCCAUUUGAACUACAGAGAUUAAGAUGCAAAUGUAACUUCCACUCUCUAAAGUUCGUGCCCAAAAUUAAACAUGCCGGUUCACUAUUGAUCAAGAGGAUAAGAAACAAUGAUGCUGCUCGGAGUAUGCUGGACAAGCAACUCCUUGGAAACUUCAUCUCAAAUAUUCCCUUGGAAGGGAAGGAUCUUGUUAGUGGACCAUCCAAAUAUAUUGCUUUGCACUUGAGAUUCGAAGUUGACAUGGUCGCCUACUCUCAAUGUGAAUUUGGAGGUGGAGAAGACGAGAGAAAGGAACUCCAAGCUUACAGAGAAUCCCAUUUUCCGCUUCUAAUUGACCGCUUGAAGAACUCAACUCCUGUUUCUCCAACAGAAUUAAGAAAGUUGGGUAGAUGUCCAUUGACGCCGGAAGAGGCAGCACUUGUUCUUGCUGCUCUCGGUUUUAAGCAUGGAACGUUCAUCUAUCUUGCUGGGUCUCGGAUAUAUGGGGGACGGUCCAGGAUGAGUCCCCUAACUAGUCUGUAUCCCAAUUUGGUUACAAAGGAAGAUCUUCUCUCACCAAGCGAACUUGCACCAUUUAGGAAUUUUUCUUCUCAGCUAGCAGCACUGGACUUCAUCGCCUGUGCCACCGCUAAUGUAUUUGCCAUAACAGACUCAGGGAGCCAACUAUCAUCCCUAGUGUCGGGUUUCAGAACUUAUUAUGGUGGUGGUCGUGCUCCCAACUUGAGGCCUAGCAAGAAGUGGCUCGCAGCAAUUUUGUCCAAGAAUAGCACCAUGUCAUGGGACACUUUCGAAAAGAGAACAAGGACGAUGAUAGAGAAAGGCCAAAAUGUAGACAUGAGGGGCUAUGGAAAAAGCAUUUAUCGACAACCAAGGUGUCCAGAAUGCAUGUGUAAAUAGCACAUUAGUGUUUUGAUUUCUAAUCUUCCUUCUCAUAUUCUUUUGUAUUCAGUAAAUAAUACCUCAGAAAAUCAUUGCAUUCAA